GAGAAGAAAGUCAACCUCGACGUCGACAACCCCAACGACACCUCCCGUCCGUUACCUCUCCCCCCCGACUUUCUCAAUCGCCAUAUAUAUCCAACAUGGCUGACGCUCCCCGUGGACGUGGAGGAUUCGGCUCUCGCGGUGACCGUGGUGGUGACCGUGGCCGUGGCCGUGGUCGCCGUGGUCGUCGCGGUGGUGCCAAGGAGCAGGAGAAGGAAUGGCAGCCCGUCACCAAGCUCGGCCGUCUCGUCAAGGCUGGCAAGAUCACCAGCAUGGAGCAGAUCUACCUGCACUCCCUGCCCGUGAAGGAGUACCAGAUUGUGGACUUCUUCCUCCCCAAGCUGAAGGAUGAGGUCAUGAAGAUCAAACCCGUCCAGAAGCAGACCCGUGCCGGUCAGCGUACCCGCUUCAAGGCCGUCGUCGUCAUCGGUGACUCCGAGGGUCACAUCGGUCUCGGUAUCAAGACCUCCAAGGAAGUCGCUACCGCUAUCCGUGCUGCCAUCACCAUCGCCAAGCUCAGCGUUCUCCCCGUCCGUAGAGGUUACUGGGGUACCAACCUUGGUGAGCCUCACUCUCUGCCCGUUAAGCAGAGCGCCAAGUGUGGUUCCGUCUCCGUCAGACUUAUCCCCGCUCCCCGUGGUACCGGUCUCGUUGCCUCCCCCGCUGUCAAGCGUCUGCUCCAGCUUGCCGGUGUCCAGGACGCCUACACCUGCUCUUCCGGUUCCACCAAGACCCUCGAGAACACUCUCAAGGCUACUUUCCUUGCCGUCGUCAACACCUACGGCUUCCUCACCCCCAACCUCUGGAAGGAGACUAAGCUCAUCCGCAGCCCUCUGGAGGAGUUCGGUGAUGUCCUGCGUCAGGGCAAGAAGUACUAGGAUAGUGCUAUGAUGGGAAUAACCUUGCAUGAUUGUUUUUGAAUCGAACUAUUUUCCUACGGGUUUUCAAAAGUCUCUUUUUCGGUUGUAGGAUCGGCAGUACCGGCAAAUCCUGACUUUUCGCGCUAUGCUACGCUAUAUACGGUAUUCAUGGAUGUAAUGAACACGGGAACAGUGAACAAGAAGAAACAACGUGAUGUCGAUUCAAGCUCUCUUACGGCAAGCCGACAGUACUUGAAACGGAUGGCUGACGGGUUCCUGCAUUGCACCGCCUGCACCGUCAGGGUAUAGUAGGAUGGGCCAGGCCUUCCAUUAGGGAUUCAUGCGACGUAGUGCUCGAUUUGACGAACAGGAGCUGCUCUCUAGACUGCGAUUUUCCAGAUUAUCGUAGUGACGUAGUUCAGGACAGAACUUUUCUGGUCUCAAGCAAUGUAGUGGAGAAGUUGUGCCUGAAUUGUGUUCCAGAUUCCGCAUAUGGCUCCGCCCAAACCCA